AUGCCUGAUUCUCGCACUAAUCCUGAUGUUGACGCUCUUUUUGAAGACGACCCGGGAUCGCUCGAUGAAGUUGUUGACGAUGAAGAUGCUGAAGACCUCAAACUAGAUAAUGCAAACACAAAAGUUCCGAAAUUCCUUGCAAACAAAUGGAAAGCGAUUGACCAAGACAAUGUUAAUUUGGGAUCAGUCCGGAUCUACAGUCAGCCACCGCCUGGACGUUCGAGCGCGAUCUCCUUGGUAUUACCCGAAAAUGAAGUGACUGAGAACAUCCCUCGUGAAUACAGCAUUUCGAUUUUACCAGGCGAGGUCACCAACAAAUUUGUAUUUACUGAGAGCGAGCAUGGUGGUAAAUCAAUUAGUGGAAGAGUACACCACGAAUGCGCAGCCACGCCUACACAAUUCGGCACAUAUCGUGACAUCAUGCGAAAGCGUGUCAUUGAUGCUGGUACUCCUCAGCGUACAGUACAGGUUCUUGGACAAGACAAUCAGCCUGUAUUUGUACCAGGAGCAAGUAGUAGCAUGCCAAGUAGCAGCUUCUCUGAUUUUGUUACUGCCAAAAAACCCAGAACAGACAAGGAAAAGGCUACUCGUAUGCCUCGCAACGAAUUGAUGGAUUUGCUAUUUGCUGCAUUUGACAGAUAUCCCUAUUGGUCCUUCAAGGGUAUUGUGGAGCACACAAAACAGCCAGCGCAAUAUCUCAAGGAAAUCCUAUCUGAAAUUUGCAUCCUCAACAAGCGUGGACCUUAUGCAGGAAACUAUCAGCUGAAGCCAGAGUACAAACAACGUUCUGCGGCUGAAAGACCCAAUGGUGACAAGGAAGACUCCAAGGAUAUUUCAUCAUCAGAAGAAGAUGAUGAAGAGGAGGAAGCAAUGGAAGCUAUUCACGUCUAAAGUUCCGAUCCAUCCUAUAUUCUAUACAAUGUAGAAAGAAAUCGUCCCCCUCUCACCCUCUAUCUCUCUUUCUCUCUUUCUCUUUCUCCAGCAAUUAACUCGCAUACACCCAUAC